UCGUCGGGGGGGCCAACUGAUGCCAAAGGCACUUCCUGUGGAAUCGGAAUCCGCGAGGGUGAUCUGCCUGGCAGCAGCUCUCACGUUCCAGGAGCUGGACUGUCUUCUCGUGCUUGAUAUGGGUGCGUGAGAACUUGCACGACCACGUGCUCAGAUCCCGCUGGAUGGGCUACUUGGAUCUCAUAACGCUCUCUCAUUACCCUGCUACAACGUGAGUAGGCGCACCAAGUGCACUCACCCCGAGCCGCUACCCUGAUUGGACACAGCGACAGUUUGAUAAAGCGAGUUGCAAGGUUGUGAGAUCGCUGCGAUAGUCUUGUUUUCCAUGCGUCUAGGCGACUCCAGCGAAGCUAGUCCCACUGCUCGCCGCUGUCGUCCACGACUCUCAAUCAUGCGUGCCGCCCCGCCUAAGCCUCGUUCCCCUGCCUCGCGCCGUGCGCCGCGCCCGCGCCAUUCAGCAGCCGCAGCUCGUCUUCUCCUCGUCGCGGCCAUCGCGCUCUCUGCCGCCGCCGACUGCUCCUUUUCCACUGCCAACCGCCCGCCGCCGCAUCCGGGCGCCCCGCGUCGACCGGCUCGGCGCGGCGUGCUGUCGCCCGUCGCUCGUCCCCCGCGCGCCCAGCGCUCGCUGCUGAAGCUCGACGCUGCCACCGCCGCGGCGGGCAACUCCAAAUGGAGCGGCGGCGGCGCGGCAAGGCCCGUCAGUGUGGAAGAGUCGCAAUUGCGCGCGCUGGUGCAGCUGCGGGACGCGUGGAGCGGCGCGUGGGCGGGCAACAGCAACGCCACCACGGCGUGCUCCGCAUGGACGGGCGUCACGUGCAGCCCUAAGGGGCUCGUCGUUGCUCUGGACUCGGCGGCCUUCGCGGAGGCGGAUCCUCGUCCCAGCGGCGCCAUCCCCGCUGCCAUCACCGCCCUCGCCUCUCUCCAGCACCUCGAUCUGACGUACAUUCAACUGGCGGGGCCCAUUCCAUCGCUCGCCACUCUCACCCGCCUCACCUACCUAGCCAUUGGCGCGGACCAGUGCCUGCUCACUGGCACCAUGGACGGACUUGCAUGGCUCUCCUCGCUCUCCAACCUGCACGCACUGCUUCUAGUUGGCCUGGCGGAGUUCACAGGGGACCUCACCUCGCUGCACAUCCUCUCGCAUUUGGACAGCCUCCAGCACCUGACACUCAGCUCGUUCACCAAUGCCACGGGGGACAUUCCCAGAGAGAUCCAGUACUUGACGGCCCUCACUGCACUCGACCUAUCUUACCUGCGUGCAGCGGACUUCCCCGACUGGGUCACGCACCUCUCCAACCUGCAUGCGCUGAACGUGAAUUCGGACGAGCCGCGGCGGCAGGGGCUGCUGUCGGACGACAUCUCGCACCUCACGGCGCUCACCAGCCUAUCCCUCACUCACAACAACCUGGACGGCUACCUGCCCAAGAGCUGGUCCUCUCUCCUCAACCUGCAAGAGCUGAUUCUGAAUUACAACAAUCUCCAGGGAACCAUCCCCGCCACACUCUCUACCCUAACAGCUCUCACUUUACUGGACCUAUCACGCAAUGCUCUAUCGGGUGUGAUCCCCCGUGCCUUCACCACCAACAUCCAGUCGCUGUUGCUUGGCUACAAUGCCUUCGCAGGGCACAUCCCGCCACACCUCGCGCUGCCCAGCCUCCUCGAGCUGCAGCUGUCCAACAAUCUCUUCACAGGACCCAUUCCCCCCGCCUUCACCCUCCUCACCACCAUGAGCUUUCUGGACGUGUCCAACAACAGUCUCAGCUCAGGCCUUGAUGUGGUGGCGCAGAUGACAUGGCUCACAGGCAUAAGCCUGCACACCAACAACUUCUCCGGCGUGCUGCCACCGGCCUUCACUGCUCUCAAGGACCUCUCAACCCUGUUCAUCGCAAACAACCUCUUCACAGGAACCUUUCCCCUGCCCCUUCUGCACAUCACGGCCCUUGCCGUACUGGAUGUGAGCAACAACAGCUUUUCGGGGUCCAUCCCGCAGCAGCUGACAACGCUGGUCAAACUCAUUGACAUCAACCUCAGCGACAACAAGUUCCAUGGGUCCAUCCCAUCCGCCCUGUUCCAGCUCCCCAUGCUCUUCUCACUGCAAGUGGCCAACAACUUCCUUUCCGGGGGCCUUCCAGUGACGCUCAGAGCCAUCUCCACUCUUACCACGCUCAGCCUGGCAGGAAAUGGCUUCACGGGCCCCUUGCCAGACUUCUCGCUCUGGAGCAACAGCUUCAAAAGGCUAGAUCUGAGCCACAACAACUUCACGGGGUCCAUUCCCGACUCCAUCUCCACCCUCACCACUCUUGACGCCGUCAUCCUCAACGACAACGGCCUCACUGGCUCCAUCCCAGCCGCCAUCUUCAACAUGACCAACCUCGUGUACCUCUAUCUGGCCAACAACCAUCUCAGCGCCAGCCUGCCGUCUGCCAUCAGCCGACUGGACAAGCUCGAACAGAUCUGGCUGGACAACAACAGCAUCGAAGGCCCUCUGCCAUCCGCCAUCUGCUCGCUGCCGUGGCUGUGGCGCAUCAUGGUGAGCAACAACCACCUGUACGGGCCCCUGCCAGACUGCCUCUUCGACAAGUGUGUCAACCAGAUCGAUGUGAGCAACAACAGCCUGUAUGGGCGCAUCAACCGCAACUUUGAGAACAUGGUGGCGGAUGGGCAGGCCCUCAUCAACCUGGCCCACAACUACUUCUACGGCGAUGCCGUGCUCUUUGCUGCGGGCUGCCAGGUGUGCCCCGCUGCCAUCAGCGAGCCCAACCAGCUGGACCUGGGCGACACGAGCUUUGGAGUGUUCGCCGGCAAGUGCAACGACGCUGACAUCUCUGGCAUUCGAUAUUACUCGGUGGCGGGGGCUGACAAGGAGGCGAGGGUGAGCCUGGCGGGCAACUGCCUCACCCUGCAACGGACCGCCAAGUGCUCGUCCAAUGCCACCCAGCGCAGCGCCGCAGCCUGCCAGGCGUUCUGCAGCAUCACUGACAACGGCCCGUGUGACGGGCAUGGGGCGUGUGUGCCUCCUGCCCCGGCCUCCCCCUCCAACUUCACAUGCCUCUGUGAUGCCGGGUACUCUGCUCUCAACUCAGGCAACGGCUCCACAUGCGCCAUUGUGAACUCCACCACCACCACUGUUCCCCCUCUGUCGACGGGCGCCAUAGUGGGCAUUGCGGUGGGGUGCUUUGCUGGCUUCACGCUGCUGGCUGCUGUGCUCGCAUGGCUGCUGUGGCCCCACACACAAAAGAAGUGGGAGGGGCUGGAUGUGUGCGAGCAGUUCUCGCUGCACCAGAUAAUGAAGGCCACGGAUAACUGGUCCAAGGACAAUGUGAUCGGCAGGGGCGGCUUUGGCGUGGUGUACAAGGGCCACUCGCCCCACGGGCAGCUGUGGGCCGUGAAGCGCUCCACUGUCAUGACCAACGACUUCGGCACAGAGGUGCGCGCCAUGGCGUCGCUCAACCACGCGCAUCUGGUGCGCCUGCUGGGCUUCUGUCUAGACCAGAACGUGGAGACAGGCAAGCAGGAGCAGAUCCUCGUGUACGAGUUUGUGGGCAACAGAGACUUGCACUACCACAUCUACAGGACCAAGAGACCUCUGUCGCUGCGGCAGCGACUGCGCCUGGCGCAGGGAGCAGCGGAGGGGCUGGCAUACCUGCAUGAGUUUGACACGCCCAUCCUGCACCGCGACAUCAAGCCCGCCAACAUCCUCGUCACGCGCGACAUGCACGCCAAGGUCGCUGACUUUGGGCUGCUCAAGCGCCUCACUCACGGCGCCUCCGAUGCCACCAGAGUGGCGGGCACGCCCGGUUAUGUGGACCCCGACUACAACCGCACCAACAUCAUCACUGCUAAGAGUGACGUCUUCAGCUUUGGCAUCGUGCUUCUGGAGUUGCUGAGUGGGACGCCACCCAACUUCCAUCAGGAGAUCCAUAUCAGAGAAUGGGCAAUGAAGAUGGUGGACUUGUACGAGCUGGAGGCGCUCAAGGACAGCCGGCUCCAGGCCAGUGACGAGGCGGUGGUGGACUUUGCUGACCUGGCUCUGGACUGCAUCAAGGCGCCCGGCACACGGCGGCCUGACAUGAAGGACGUGGCAUACCGGCUUAGCGCGCUCAUUGAGAAGCACUGCCCCGACAAGGAGGAAGAGUGGGAGGCUGUUGGGAAAGAGCUGAGUGCGAGCAAUGGAGAUGAAGGGAGUUCAGCAAGGAGUUCUGGUGUGUCGUCAGGAGACGGUGGGAAGGACGCCCAGACGACUCCUGGAUCUCAAGCUAGUGGCAGCUCGUUCAUGAGCAUUGGUGCGCACUCCGAUGGUGUCUUGAGCUGGCUGCAAGUGAGGCUCACCAAGGGGUACUAGGCUACCAGUGUGCAUGGAUGUACAAAUGCACUUUCUGGGCAUCUUCUGUCCAAGUACAGACGCAGUUUCUGGUGCUGGUGCUUUGGAAAGUACGUGGAAAGCCCGGAUAGAAGACCCCCUAGUAAUAGAGGACCCUGGGUCUUCAAUUAGGCGUCUAUCUUGUAUUCGGACUUCCCGUUUAUAAGACACCCAAGUGGCGGUAUGAGAUAAGACCCCCCUCCUACAUUGCUUGCUGUUUGUUUUGUAGACAGAAACCAUAGUUUUGCAUGCAUUCGAUAACCAGGAUAAAAGGCUUCUUCAUUU